AUGGCUGAAACAAGAAGAGCCCUCGUCGAAAUGGGUUUCUCCGCAGGGAAAAUAGAAGCUGCUAUUAGAAACACUUCCGGAACACUUGAAGAUGCUGUAACAUGGCUUGAAGAGCUUCAAAAUAGACCAACAAAUACUUCUACAGCAAAUCUAGCAGAUGACCCUAAUAGUGCCUUUGCUUUUGAAAAAGAAUCUGCUCAAAGUAAUACCACAAAUACUACCACCACAGCCUCAGACUCUAGUACUACCCCUGCGGAUGAAUCCAGCAGCUCAGAAACUCAAUCGAAUAAUACCUCCACCCCAGAACCAAUCCCAUUAACUGCUGAAGAGCGUGAAGCUCGACUGGCUGUGUUGCGUGAAAAAGCAGCGCUACGGCGUGCAGAAAAGGAAAAGGAGUUGGCCAAGGAGCAACGUCAAAACGAUGUAAUUCGUAAAAAGCGUGACCAAGAAUCAAUUAACGCCAUGGAAGAACUUCAGCGCAAAGAGGCCGCAAAGGAGGCCCAGAAACGACGACAGCAAGCUCGCGAAGAUGCUGCUGCCAAACAGCGUAUCAAGGAUCUUAUCGAGGCCGAUAAGCGUGCUCGUGCAGCCGCCAAAAAGGCAAAUAGUAGUGCAGAGCCUUCAACUACUCAAUCAAGUACUACACAAGCCCAACCAAAGCCUGCCGCGAAUAGACCCCCUCCAACAGAUACAAAAAUUAGAUUACGUGCAGAGAAUGCUCCUCCAGGAGGUGCAAAGGCUUUCGCGUUCCCCGUCGAUACCGUGCUAGGAGAAGUUGCUGUUGCGGCUGUACGUGAACUGGGGCUUGAUUAUGAUCCUGCGCUUGUUGUUUUUGUGAGCAACUUUCCACGCAAAGAGUAUGGAGUCAAUGAGUUUCCUCAUACCAUUCAAGAACUCAAUCUUUUGAACUCGUCUCUCGUAGUCAAGCGUCGUUGA